UCCUGCUGCGUUUGUUUGCUGCCGCGCUGUUCACCGGAAGAAGAACCUCUGACCCGGAAGCUGCUGACGUGUUUACGUCCGGGUGACGCCGCUCGGAGACGCUUCGUGUCCUCGCUAUUUCCCAGCAGCCUCUGUGGGCUCCCCGCACAGUUGCCUCAUGUCUGACGACGAGGAUGUGGCUCCGGCCGUGAAGAAGAAGAGUCGAGUUUUCUACGGCAGCCUGGAGGAGAAAGAGCGUGAGCGCCUCAGUUUGGACGCGACGAGGAGCUCUGCAACAGGAAGUGAUGGGGUAAAAGCAGGGAUCGAGGCGGGAAACAUCAACAUCUCCUCAGGAGAGACUCUGGAGAUGGAGGAGCGGGUCAGCGAGCGGCAGCAGGAAGCUCUUGCAGCGUUCGAGCGGCGCCGGCGAGCGCGACAGAUCACCGUGUCCACGGACGAUGCCGAGGUGAAGGCUGGCCUCCGAGCUCUGGGAGAGCCAAUCACGUUGUUUGGAGAGGGACCAGCUGACCGCCGAGAGCGGUGCGUAAACAAACGUUCAGAAAGCCUGAAUCUCAUUGGACGAAAAUCGUCUCACAAUAUUCAGUGAAAACAGAUGCGUUGU